AUGCAUGGGUUUAUCUCCAAUUCUGCUUGCGAGGAAGACAUCGUCGUGGAACAACAACUACAUGGAAAAAUUUCAAGUGCAAAGAAAACUUAUAUGAAGAAGACUGGGUGCUCUGGUGGUGCCAUGAGCACAUCAAUGGAUACAUCAUGCGCCCAAUAUCAAGACCUACUUGAUGAGGAUUUAUUAACUCAUGAAGCAAGAAUGUUCAUUGAAUAUUAG